AUUAUCGGGUCGUGUCGGCCUGGUUAGAUCUGUAGGUUUAAUGCUAUUCGGUCAUAGUAUUGAAUUUGCUUAUUAAAGUCACACAUCCCUAAAAAAAAGGUGACAGUUUUAUAGAAUAAAGUGAGUUGGUAGACGCUCUGAUAUGGGAAUGCAGAAAUAAGAUUUUCAAAAAUAGCAAACAUAAAAGCGUGCAGGUAAUCAUAAACCGCUGUGCCUGUGCCAGUGUAUGCGGAUAAAGCACCGAUGUCGAUAUAUUCCCAGCUGGCGACGAGUUGUAUUAUUGUACUUACCUUCCAUAGAAAACUACGAGCAUUAUUUCUAUAAACUACAAUAUGCGUCCAAAUGAUCCGAUACGUGGAGCAUACCCCGAUAACGUACACAAUUGCUUGGAACUCACAGCCACGUGACACAUAAAAAGAACAUCGCGCAAACAAGAUACUUGCACCCCUCCCGCCUCCCGGAAAGAGAUGGAUCGCUGCCUAAUAAUUUGCAGAGCUCUGGAAGCUUUAGCCAACUUCACCGGGAAAAUAAUUGAUGACGCAGAGUAUCAGGAGUCAGCGUUUAUUCCUCUUCCGAGAUCAGGCAUAGCUGCGUCACGCAGAGUGGCGAAAGCUCGUUCGAAGGUCGAACGUAAUGCUUGUGGGUGUAGAGGUGGGGAGGGGUGGAAGACCACUGAGUUUAGCGCACAAACGGCUGCCGCACUUCUCAGCCGUGUUGCCGGUCGGGCCCCGCUCGUGGAAGGGGCCGACUUUAUCACGCGCAUGCGAGGCCGUUGCAGCGUGCCCCCCCUCCCUUUCCCCCAUCCACCGCAGGUUCCGUUGUGUUCCGAGACUGCGCUCACUGUGCCGACGAUGGCCGUCGCGGGUAUAGUUCCGCUUUCCUCGGGCCGACCGACUAUUACGGCGACAAGCAGGAUCUCGCAGCGUAGUUGGCGUCCGGUCGAAAAAAAAAAAAAAAAAACGCUACUCGCAAGCAGGGCGAGAUCGCCGCCUAUUGCGCCGCCUCGUCGCUUGACGUCGCAGACAUCGCAGGGCCCGGACGCCCGUCGUUCGCGCGCGGAAGCCAUUGCUUCGGAAGCUGCUGCGUGAGUGUCGGUCGGUCGCUUCUCCGCGCGAACAACGCGGUCGUCGCGGCUGUCCGCACGGCCAACGGGCGACUCCGCUGGAACUGGGCCGCCCCGCGGCUACAACUGCGGCGGGCCCGCACACUUCGCGACGGCGGCGCCCCCGCUGCCCCCAGCAGCUGCAGGGUUUGUCAGGCGGCACACGGCGGAAGGCUGCUGUACUGCGCCGUUCGAUGGGCGGCAGGCACAUGGAGGCCGGCCGAGCACCGGGUGCGUCGGUCGCCGGCUUGUCAGGCGGCGCCUGGCUCCCGGCGCCGCGCGGCUUCCUGCUCCCAUUGGGCACGGGCAUCACGUUCGGCUUCGGCUGCGCCUACCUGCUGCUGAGCGUCAUCUCCCUCGACCACCCGGGCGUGGCGCCGUGGCUGCUGGCCCGCAGGCGGCCCGGCUCCGCGUCGCUCUUGUCGGCCACCGGCCCGCACGCCGACCACUGGGAGGACGAGGAACCGCCGGCGCCCGACGUGCCGCUCGCCGGGCACGGGCCGGACGACGAGUUCCACCACAGCGACGAGGACCGCGUGGCGCGGAACCUGCGCCGUCAGGUGCGCGUGCUGUGCUGGGUGAUGACGCAGCCGCGCAACCACGCCAAGAAGGCGCGCCACGUCAAAGCCACCUGGGGCCGCCGCUGCAACACGCUGCUCUUCAUGAGCUCGCAGUCGGACUCGCAGCUGCCCGCCGUGGCGCUGAACGUGACCGAGUCGCGGAACCACCUGUGGGCCAAGACCAAGGCGGCGUUCGACUACGUGGCGCUGCACCACCUGCGCGACCACGACUGGUUCCUCAAGGCGGACGACGACACGUACGUGGUGGUGGAGAACCUGCGCUACUUCCUGCGCGACAAGAACGCCUCGGAGGCCGUGUACUACGGCUGCCGCUUCAAGCCGUACGUGGCGCAGGGCUACAUGAGCGGCGGCGCGGGCUACGUGCUGAGCCGCGAGGCCGUGCGGCGCCUCGCCCGCCGGCGGCCGCAGGACGGCUGCCGCGCCGACGCCGGCGGCGCCGAGGACGUCGAGAUGGGCCGCUGCCUGCAGCGGCUCGGCGUGGCCGCGGGCGACUCGCGGGACGCGGCCGGCAGGGGCCGCUUCUUCCCGCUGGUGCCCGAGAGCCACCUGAUACCCGGGCAGAUGCCCAAGGACUUCUGGCUCUGGUCGUACGCCUACUACCCCAUCAAGGAGGGUAUGGACUGCUGCAGUGACACAGCCAUCUCAUUCCAUUACGUCAGCCCCAACAUGAUGUACGUUAUGGAGUACCUUGUUUACCACUUGCGACCAUAUGGCAUAGACACCAGUAUACGCCCAAAAGCACCAAUCAGCCAGAAAACUACAUACAGGACUAGUGUGCCCUGAUGUGCUGGAACUUCUCACGCUGAGCAUUUUGUGCUGCCACACUGUGCCAUCAGCGACAUUCUUCAGGGAUGGUACACCUGUGUGCUAAAUGAACAGAGAACAUUGAGCAGUGUGUGCCUGAGCUGUGACAGCAAUGCAUGCAUAGGUACAUGCAUGGUUGCCGUACAGCCUGUGUGCAUCAAGCCACACGUAGCACCACAGUUUUAUUCAAAUGGGCCAUCAGUGAUGCAUUGAACUGUGGUAUUGUUUGGUGCUGCUAUUCACCGGGUGUGAUUUGCCGAUGGUAGUAUAUAGUAGAAAUAGACUAAUUAAAUGCAAGCAAACAGA